UGCACCGUCCAGUAUUCACUUAUCAUAAAAUUACCCCCACUUAUUUACGCCAAUAUGCCUUCCUUCAAAUUGGCUUGGAUCAUCCUUACCCUAACUUAUCUGCAGAUAAGGUCCUCCUCCGCGCAGACGAAGCUGUCCCAAUGUCAACUUUCUUGGAAGCCGUACAUCGCCGGGGAAGAGUUCCCCCCCGACGCGGUGCAGCUGGACGGCCCCCUCUUCGUGGCGAGAAUGACGCACCUCUUUGGAUUCAUCUUUGGGCGCAAGUACGCCGCCGGGACGGCGAACAACGACACGAAAGAGGCCUCCUUCGUGCACCCCUUGGCCUGGGGGAAAGUCACCCUGAAAAGUUUCGACUUGCUGGUCAACCCGAACGAUUGUGCGAUCGGGUGGAUGGAUGCCUUUGGAGAGAUUGAAGAACCAGAGUUUGCCCUCCACCUUGAAUCUAACAGAUACGUGGCCAUGCGGAAAUCAGGGGGCAAGAUCGUAGCUGGCACUUUGGUCACCGGAGACAUAAAUUUCUUCCAUGCCGUCGACCCUGAAACGGAUCAAGCUAAGACAGACUUUUUGGCGUGCGAGGCCCUCAAAUCAACCGAGAAUUUGAGACUGACGGUGAAAAAUUUGAAAUUUGUGGAUAAACUGGAGGAAGAGAUUCCAGAUUUUAUGGGAACGGAUUUGAUUGAAAACCAAAGCCCUGCCGUUCUCGAACAUAUCGUCUCCCAUGAGAAGACCGUCAUAAUUCGGCAUGAGAUUUCAGAAUCGCGAUCUUUCGCACAAUCCACCGUCACCACAUUCAGCAUCGGUGUGAGCUUAGGACCCCUCGAGAUAAAUGCGGAAUGGCAGAACAGACACGAUAUCGCGUCCGGCCGUAUGAGCAACAUCGUCAACGAGAAGGAGGAAACGGUCAAGUCGUCGAGGACAAUUAUUGUCCCGCCGUUGACUUCGGUGCACGCCUGCUCGGUCCUCUUCUCCGCAAAGUCGCUCGACAUGCCGUACACGGGAGAAGGUGUUUACGGCAUCAAGGGGAGAAGUUCGACCUACGUGGAAGGCAUCCUUAGAGCUGAGGGGUACGACGUUUCCGAGAUUCGGGGAAGAAACGGGACCCACAUCUUUGUCAAUAUUUCUGGGAAUUUUUCCAUUGAGUCACCCAUGCGGACAAAACUUGUCGUUUUCGCAAAAGAUUCCCCAAACAUUCCCGAAGGUUGUGACACAAUUCAGAAAUCAAUCAACGAAUUGAACAAAAUGCGACGUUCCGGGCGUGCCAGCAAGGAGGAAAUUGACACCUUAAAACGCAAAGUCAAAGAAUUACUGCAUGAAUGAGGGAAAAAUAUGCAAUUAUUUACCGAAUAAAUUAAACUUUGUCGCUAAAAACCUGUCGUAACUAACUUUUUAGCAUACAAAUCCAACUAAUAUUUCCAGAAUAAAUUACAAAACAUGAUAUCUCGUCGUAACAAA